GUUUUGCCAUCCUGAUUCCUGAGGCGCUUGAGACUUGGCUCUGUUAGAUAUUUGACCGGUAGAAGUUGUUUAUUCGGGCACGGUACACGUAGAGAAACGCGCUUUCCCUCGUGCAACAUGUACUGAUUGGGGAGCAUAGGCUCUGACGUCAGUCGUGACAGGCGUGACGGUAACCCUCUGUAAUGAUCAACUACAUCCUCCUCGUUUCGCGGCAAGGAAAAGUCCGCCUCGCGAAAUGGUUCACCACGAUGCCACCCAAGGCCAAGGCAAAGAUAGUCAAAGAUGUCACCCAACUUGUAUUAGCUCGCCGGACGAGGAUGUGUAAUUUCUUGGAAUAUAAAGAUACUAAGGUGGUGUACCGUCGAUAUGCGUCUUUAUUCUUCGUGUGUGGAAUUGGUUCAAGCGACAAUGAGUUGGUGACGUUGGAGAUCAUUCAUCGAUACGUGGAAGUGUUGGAUCGGUAUUUCGGGAAUGUUUGUGAAUUGGAUCUGAUCUUCAACUUCCAGAAAGCCUAUGCUAUACUGGAUGAGCUGAUCAUUUCUGGGGAGCUACAGGAGUCAUCGAAGAAAUCCGUGCUCCGUGUGGUAACGCAAUCGGAUACGGUGGAGGAGCAGGAAAACUCAGAAGACACGAUAGGACGACUGGGAUCACGCGUCGGUCCCAUGAUGUAGCGCAGGAGCUAGCCAUUUCAUAAUUGCUAGAGUAUCCCUGACUAUACAGAUACUGUUACAGGAAGUUUUCGACGGUAAUAUAUAUGCACGAGGAGUCACGGAAAAGACGGAAGGACAUUAAUACGAAAGUUAUGGUUGGCCGUGGGUUGUGAGCGCCACCAUCGGAAGCCCGGCCGCAAUGUUCGGCCGAGUCGAGGCUUUUUUACCGGAAGUAUUCUCUGAUCCAUUUGGGCUGAAAUGGAACUGGAAUUGAAACUACGAAGCAGUAACAGACGCCAUGAACGGCGUAAGGACGUCUCUCAGCAGCCUUCUCAGUGUCAAGCACGAGUUACGACAAAGCGGGACACCGGAACAGGCUAAAUUGGGACCAAAUCUCUCCAUAUCAUCCAAUCGGAGGCGGUGCCUGGCGGGAUCGCAUUUAAAUAAAAGGGCCCCGUUUUAGGU